UUUUAGAUCAAAAUGGACAUGCUAGAGAAAGAAACUUGAGCUUAUUGUGAGGCAGAAGUGGAACACUUCUGCCCAACACAUGAGGAAUGUUUCUGUUCUUCCUGCCUUCCCAAAUUCCAUCUAGAAUGACCCAGCUUCUUCCCAAGUAGAAAGUGUGGGGACCUGGUUGGGAAAAUUGAAAGCAAUUUGGGGAAAUUUUGAGAAAUAGCGAAGAUGUAUCCACAUUUAAAGAAGAAAUCUACUCUGGAGAAUUUUAUAUGGAGAUUAGAAGUGAUUAAGCAGGAUCUAGACUCAUCCAAGCUCCUCAAGGAGUUUGGAUGCUGUCAAAGUAAAAUACAGAAAUUUGCAAAAGAGUUUAAGCAGGAUCCUAUCAUUCAGGAGCUUGCCUACCUGAAUGUGGUUGAGACUGCCUCUCAAGAAGCCACUCAACUAGAUCCAGAUAUGAACCAAACAAUAGAGGAAUAUAAGAAAGAACUUUAUCAUAGCAACCAGGCUUGGAGAAAGCAAUUUGAAGUUGCGUAUCGCAACCAAGUUGAUGAAGAGUAUGGCAAAGAAGUGGAGAGAGUUAGAGAAGAAAUGAAAGUAGAAAUAGAAGUAGAAAAAUAAAGCAAAGGACCUCGCCUUUGCUAUCAUUGAGAAGCUGAAAUCCCAAGUUAGGAUCUUGAGCCCGAAGAAUCGACACAGUGAUGCAACGGUACUACGGGAAAAUUUAAAUUCUACCUUGCUUGAAGAAGAAAAAAUUGAGGUCAGAACUGAAUUCGAGGAGUCUUCCAACCCAUUUGAGAUUCAUGAGUUUACCAAUGAGCCUCAGAGCUGUGUUCAGGAUUCCUUUAUAUCCACUAAGCUAGAAGAGGUCUAUGGCAGGUGUGGUAAGGACAUAAAUUCUGAUGUGUUAAGUCUGAAUAUCUCUGAUCCGACAGAUGGUUUCUUUAUUGACCAGAUUUCAAAGAGUAAAUACCAAAUUCCAGAAUUGCAAAUUUUGAGCAUUGACAAUUUAACUAACUCUCCGGAGGAUUCCCUACUGUUGUUUCUGAACCAUUGAUAUCCGAAAUCAGUUGAAAACUUGGAGCUUAAUACAACAUUUCUGGGUGCUGACGGGAGUGAUGCUCUUAAAAUUCAGGCAUAUUUGCCUUCACUUUCAAUCUUGUUGGCAAGAGUGUCAUAUGUUUCCUUUACCAACCUCACAUUGACAUCGGAUACUUUAGGAUCUCUGAUAAAAUCUUGAUUCCAAGUUCCUAGGAUUAAAAUAUCGCAUAGCAAGGUGAUGCUUGAUAACUCACUGAUGUUCAACAUUACUAAUAGGUAUAGCAUAGAGUCUCUGGAUUUCUCCUUCAGUGGUUCUGAUGACUGGAACAGGAACGACUGGGUGCAGUAUCCUCAGAAGUUUGGCUAUCUUGCCAAAGCUAUCAAGAAGUGCUCUCUUAGAUUCUCUCUUAAAAAGAUCAAUAUCAAGGGCUGCUUCUUCGAGCCUGAAGAAGCCAAACUCGUCAUGGAAGAUAAUGGGAUUGGAGAUAUCGAAGUCACUGCAGAAGAUGAGUAA